UCGACAUUUCCCCAAUAACCGCCAUUAAACAAGAAGACCGAAGAACUGCGUUGACUUCGGUGUAAUGCGUGCCCCUUUGCGCUGGGUGUUGUGGGAUGCAAAAGACACUCUGUUGAGAGUGCGCACAUCUGUGGGAGACCAGUAUUGUACAGAGGCUGAGAGAAUGGGCUUGAGCCUCAGCGCUGAGGAGGUUAACAGUGCUUUCCGCCAGGUGUAUCAGCGUUAUUCCAGCCAAUAUCCAAACUACGGUAUCGCUCAAGGCCUGGAUGGACAAACAUGGUGGAAGGGGGUCGUUAGAGACACAUUUUCUCAGUGCAGGGUGCAGGAUCCAGCACUGCUGAAUGCAAUGGCCCACAACAUUUAUCACAACUUCUACACAUCAGAGAACUGGGAGGUAUUUCCAGACACAAAAGCAGCCCUCGAGAGUUGCUCCGCUUUGGGACUCAACUUGGGUGUGGUAUCCAACUUUGAUAGCCGACUCAAAGUCAUUUUAGACAACUGUGGCUUGCUGUCUCACUUCAGCUUUUUAAUAACAUCUGAAGAAGCAGGUGUCGCUAAACCCAAUCCAGCUGUCUUUAAGCAGGCACUGCAAAAAUGUGGUACACCUGCUUGUGAUGUAGCUCAUAUUGGAGACCACUACGUGAAUGAUUACCUCGCUUCACGGUCUGUGGGGAUACAUGGGUACCUUCUAGAUAGACAGAAGAAGUAUAACCUACUUGAUAUUCCCAGUGAGCACCGGCUUACUUCCCUAGACGGGCUCUUGCUACAACUUCAGCAGCACAUGGACUAAUUCCAGUGUCAUAAGCUCAUAUGGCAGAGUUAGUCAGCAGACACAAGUACAUCUCAGAUAAUUAACUGAAAUUGCUGAUCCAAACAACCAAUGAUUUAUAAAGGAAAAUCAUGGAAAUCAUCAGGGUGCCCAAACUUACAACUGCACAAAGAUACAACUGUAUCUUUGGGCAGUUUUGCCUAUUCCAGGUUGCAGCACCUCUCAUGCUCCAUCAAGUUGGAUGGGGAGCAUUGGUGCGCAAAC